CCCUGGGGAGUGCAUGACUUCGCAAAUUACAGAUCGAGAGCAGCUGCAAGAAGUGGUAGAAGUAGAAGCAUUAGCUUCAACCUCCAAGUUUUGAUUCAUGAGGUGGGCGGAAGGCUGCACAUGUUUCCACAUCGAAUCUAUUGUCAAACUGUUUAACUUUUUGUACUUUGAUUUGCAAAGUUUUUAAAUUGGCCCCGAAAACCUUUUAUAAGUUUUAUGCAUUUAAUGUAAAAGCGAGUGUUUAGAUAGGA